AUGGCGUCCCCAGAACCGAAGGGCCUUGUCCCCUUCACCAGGGAGUCUCUUGAACUUAUGAAACAGCAUAUUGCUAAAAAACACAAUGAGGAACAAAGAGAAGAUUUAAAGCCAAACACUGACUUGGAAGUUGGAAAAGAGCUUCCAUUUGUUUAUGGGAAUCUUCCUCAAGGAAUGGUGUCGGAGCCUUUGGAAGAUGUGGACCCCUACUACAAGAAUAAAAAUACUUUCAUAGUAUUAAAUAAAAAAAGAACAAUCUUCAGAUUCAGUGCCACUUGGUGUACAUUUUCUCCUUUCAGUUUAACUAGAAGAACAACUAUUAAGAUUUUGGUUCAUCCCUUUUUCCGACUGUUCAUAUUAAUUAGUGUCCUGAUUGACUGCAUAUUUAUGCCCAUGACUGAGUUGCCAAAAUGGGGCCCAGCAUUACAGAAUACUUUGCUUGGAAUUUACACAUUUGAAAUACUUAUAAAACUCAUUGCAAGAGGCAUCUGGGUAGAACCUUUUUAUUUCUUUGGUGAUCCAUGGAACUGGCUCGAUUUCAGUGUAACUUUGUUUGAGCAUGUAACAAGGUACUUACCUCUAAACUUCAUUCCAAUAUUUCGAAUUACAAGAAAUUUGAGAAUUUUGAAAAUUAUUCCUUUAAACCAAGGUCUGAAGUCUUUUGUAGGGAUCCUGACCCACUGCUUGAAGAAACUUACUGGUGUCAUUAUCCUAACUCUGUUUUUUCUGAGUGUAUUUUCUCUGAUUGGCAUGGGGCUCUUCAUGGGCAAUCUGAAGCAUAAGUGUUUGCGAUGGCCCCAAGAAAAUGAAACUGUAACCCUGCACAACAGAACUGAAAAUCCAUAUUAUAUUCGAGAAACAGAAAAUUUUUAUUAUUUGGAAGGAGAAAUAUAUGCUCUUCUUUGUGGCAACAGAACAGAUGCUGGUCAGUGUCCUGAAGGAUAUGUGUGUGUGAAAGCUGGCACAAAUCCUGAUUAUGGCUUCACAAAUUUUGACAGUUUUGGCUGGGCAUUACUUGCCCUGUUUCGGUUAAUGAUGCAAGAUUACCCUGAAGCACUUUACCACCAGAUCCUGUAUGCUUCUGGGAAGGUCUACAUGAUAUUUUUUGUUGUGAUAAGCUUUUGGUUUGCUUUUUACAUAGCAAGUUUAUUCUUGGGCAUACUUGCUAUGUCCUGUGAAGAAGAAAAGCAGAAAGCUGCUGAAAAAGCUGAGAAGACUGAGCCACAAUUUCAGCAGACUUUAAAAGAACUUCAAGAAGGAGACAAAGCAGCCGAGACCAAGACCACACAAAUAGAAAUGAAGAAAAGAUCACCAACUUCUAUGAUCACUUCUUUUAAUAUGUUGGAUGAUUCUACUGCUACUGUGAGACAUGAAGAAGAACUUAAAAAAUCCAGGAAGAGACGCCCAUUGUGUUUGUAUAGAUUUGCUAAAACUUUAUUGAUCUGGAAUUGUUCUCCCUGUUGGUUAAAAUUGAAAGAGUUUAUCCACAUGAUUAUAAUGGACCCAUUUACUGAUCUUGUCCUUACCAUAUGCAUAAUUCUAAAUGUGUGUUUUUUGGCCUUGGAAUGUUAUCCAAUGAGUGAAGAAACCACCAGUGUUCUCAGCAUUGGAAACCUGAUUUUUAUUGGAAUUUUCACAGCAGAAAUGAUUUUGAAAAUAAUUGCAAUGCAUCCAUAUGGGUAUUUUCAAGUAGGUUGGAACAUUUUUGAUAGCCUGAUUGUGUUCCAUGGUUUAGCAGAACUUUAUCUAGCCAAUGUUUCUGGAAUGGCUUUUUUAAAAAUAUUCAGAGUGUUGAGAAUUUUCAAGCUGGGAAAAUACUGGCCAACAUUUAGGAUUCUGAUGUUGAUUCUGAGUAACUCAUUGGUGGCCCUGAAAGGCUUGGUGCUGUUGUUGUUCACAUUCAUGUUCUUUUCUGCUGUGGUUGGCCUGAAACUGUUCGGUAGGAGUUACAAAGAAUGUGUCUGCAACAUAGACAAAGGCUGUCAACUCCCACACUGGCACAUGCAUGACUUCUUCCACUCCUUCCUGAAUGUGCUCCGAAUUCUCUGUGGAGAGUGGAUAGAGACUUUAUGGGAUUGCCUUAAGGUUGCAGGCCAAUUCGGUUGCCUUCCUUUUUACAUGAUGGUCAUUUUAAUUGGAAACUUAUUGAUAAUUUACCUGUUUCUGGCAUUGGUGAGCUCCUUUAGUUCAUACAAGGCUCCAACAAAUGAAGAGAAUGGUGAAGAACAAAAUCUCCAGAGUGCAAUGGCAAGGAUUAAGAAAGGAAUAAACUACAUGUUUCUUAAAAUAUCAUGCAAAAAACAAAACAUUUCAAAGGAGACAAUGGACAAUGUAAACAAUGUGUAUGUUAGAGAGCAUAUUUCUGACCCUACCCUUUCCGAUUUAAGCAAUACCCAAGAUUUCUUCAAGGAUAAGGAAAAAAGCAGUGGCACAGAGAAAAACACAAUGACUGAAAAUGAGAGUCAAUCACUUAUACCCAGUCCUAGUGUCUCAGAAACUGUACCAAUUGCUUCAGGAGAAUCUGAUAUAGAAAAUCUGGAUAAUAAGGAGUUUCAGAGCAAGUCAGGUGAUGGGAGCAGCAAAGAGAAGGUAAAGCAAUCUAGCUCGUCUGAAUGCAGCACAGUGGAUAUUGCUAUCUCCGAAGAAGAAACCGUCUGUGAACGUGAAAAGCCAAAGCAGCUUAAAAAUGGUUAUAGACGAAGAUCUUCACCUGGCCAAAUUAGUGGUGAAUCCAAGAAAGGAAGAAUUUGGCAGAACAUAAGGAAAACCUGCCGCAAGAUAGUGGAAAAUGGUUGUUUUAAGUGUUUCAUUGGCCUGGUCACUCUGCUCAGCACAGGUGCUCUGGCUUUUGAAGAUAUAUAUAUCGAUCAGAGAAAGACUAUUAAAAUCUUAUUAGAAUAUGCUGACAUGAUCUUCACUUACAUCUUCAUUCUGGAAAUGCUUCUAAAGUGGAUGGCAUAUGGUUUUAAAGCCUAUUUCACUGAUAGCUGGUAUAAGCUAGACUUCAUGGUUGUCAUUGUGUUUUGUCUUAGCUUAAUAGGCAAAUCUCGGGAAGAAUUCAAACCACUAAUUUCUGUUAAAUUCCUCCGGGCACUCAGAGUUCUAUCUCAAUUUGAAAGAAUGAAGGUGGUUGUGAGAGCUUUGAUAAAAACAACUUUACCUGCUUUGAAUGUGUUUCUGGUCUGCUUAAUGAUCUGGCUGGCUUUUAGCAUCAUAGGAGUGUACUUAUUUGCUGGCACGUUCUAUGAAUGCAUUGACCCAACAAGUGGAGAAAGGUUUCCUAUAUCUGAAGUCAUGAAUAAGAGUCAGUGUGAAAGCCUUAUGUUUAAUGAAUCCAUGCAAUGGGAGAAUGCAAAACUGAACUUUGAUAAUGUUGGAAAUGGUUUCCUUUCACUGCUUCAAGUAGCAACAUUUAAUGGAUGGAUCACCAUUAUGAAUUCAGCAGUUGAUUCUACUGGUGUAAAUAAGCAACCUAAUUUUGAAGACAACAUCUACAUGUCUUGUUACUUUAUCAGCUUUAUUGUUAUUGGAUUAUUUCUUCCUUUGAGUAUGCUGAUCGGUGUUAUUAUUGCUAAUUUCAACAAGCAUAAAAUAAAGCAGGGAGGCUCAAAUAUCUUUAUAACAGUGAAACAGAAGAGACAAUACCAUGCACUGAGGGGGCUGUUGCAUGAGGACUCUCAAAAAAUAAUACGUCGCCCAAGAAACAAGUUCCAAAGAUUCAUGUUUGACUUGGUAACAAGCCAAGUUUUUAAUGUCUUCAUUAUGGUUCUUAUCUGUUUCCAAGCAAUGACCAUUAUGAUACAAAGUGAUGAACAGAGUUCAGAAAUGGACACUGCUCUCUACUGGAUUACCUUAUUUCUUGUUAUGGUAUACACGGGAGAAUGUGUACUGAAGCUCAUCUCUUUUCGUUGUAACUAUUUCACCAUGGGAUGGAACAUUUUUGAUUUUAUGGUGGUUAUUUUCUCUAUUACAGGACUAUUUCUGCCUCUGAUGGUAGGAUACUACCUUGUGCCUCCUUCUGUUGUGCAACUGAUACUACUCUCACGGAUCAUCCACAUCCUACGUCCUGGGAAAGGACCAAAGGUGUUCCGUGACCUGCUACUUCCUUUGAUGCUAUCUUUCCCAGCAUUGUUGAACAUCAGUCUUCUCAUCUUUCUGGUCAUGUUUGUCUACGCCAUCUUUGGAAUGUACAAUUUUGCCUAUGUUAAAAAGGAAUUUGGAAUUAAUGAUGUGGCCAACUUUGAAACCUUUGGCAGCAGUAUGCUCUGUCUUUUCCAAGUUACAAUAUUUGCUGGCUGGGAUGGGAUGCUCAAUGCAAUUUUCAACAGUAAAUGGUCAGACUGUGAUCCUGAUAAAAUUAACCCUGGGACUCAGGUUAGAGGAGAUUGUGGUAAUCCCUUUGUUGGGAUUAUUUAUUUUGUCAGUUACAUCUUCAUAUCAUGGAUGAUCAUUGUAAACAUGUACAUUAUUGCUGUCAUGGAAUUUUUAAAUAUUGCUUCUAAGAAAAAAGCCAAGACAUUAAGUGAAGAUGAUUUUAAGAAAUUCUUUCAGGUAUGGAAGAGGUUUGACCCUGAUAGGACCCAGUACAUAGACUCUAGCAAGCUUUCAGAUCUUGCAGCUGCUCUUGACCCUCCUCUUUUUAUGGCAAAACCAAACAAGGGCCAGCUCGUUGCCAUGGAUCUUCCCAUGGCUGCUGGGGACAGAAUUCAUUGCCUUGACAUCUUACUUGCUUUAACUAAACGGGUUAUGGGUACAGAUGUGAGGAUGGAGAAAGUUAUUUCAGAGAUGGAAUCAGGGUUUGCAUUAGCCAACCCUUUUAAGAUCAUGUAUGAACCAAUUACAACUACUCUGAAACGAAAACAAGAGGCAGUCUCAGCAACCAUAAUCCAGCGUGCUUAUAAAAAUUACCGCUUGAGGCGAAAUGACAAAAAUACAUCAGACAUUCAUAUGAUAGAUGAUGACAAGGAAGUUCAAGCUACCACAGAAAAUGCUUAUUUUGACAAAGCUGAAGAAAAGUUAACUAUUCAAAGCCAAAUCUAA